AUGAACAUCUCGUCAUCUACAGGACUCAGCAACGUGGACACUUUUGGAAGAAUGCGGGCUAUCUACACAUUGUACAUGCUGCUAGGUAUUAUUAGCGAUACCAAGCUAGUAAGCUCACAACCGAAGCUAAUCCAAAGAAAGACCAUCAGGACUACCAGUUUAGAAGCAGACGUCCAGACGGCUAUAAAUCACGACUCGGGUUCGAACGCGUAUUACGACGCUUUGACCGACUUCUUCUCUGUCUUCAAACCAUUACUGAGCGAAAACUUCAUCCAAGAACUUCCCAAAACUUUAAUCUGCAUUUUAUCAGAGAGACACGAUUGCGGAGCGGAAGCGGACCUCACAAGGACGGUAACUCAGGAAUUGGGUAAACCCCUGCUGCUGUUCUUGUCAUCUACGAGAUCCCAGACCUGCACUCACUCGAACGAUGGCGGCGAUACGGAGUACAGUAGUUUAGUCAACGCUUACCUCAGGGUGGGGGAACCUGAGACCGCAACGCAGGGUGGAAUCAAACACACGUUUUUAACCAUCAUGGCCAGGUUGCCUCUUUUUGGGACUUUGGUGACGACUGUGAGCGGCGUGGUGGAUGCAGCCGCCAAACACGUGUUCGACAUGGUAGCGACGUUGAUUCGAGUACCGAUGGAGUACAUUAAAAUAGUACUACAGUUUGGAAUAAGAAUCCCAACACUUGACCAAAGAGAAAGCUGCGAGCAAGGAGAUCUCAAGCAACUUAUAAUGUGGGGAAUGACCCACAAUGUGAGCUGGUCCUUCACCAACUCAAUCACUGCCAUUCUUCUGGACACCUUCCUGAAACCAGAACAGCCCGGUUGCACAUACCCAGAGUGCCAGAAUCCCCCUUCGUUCCAACGCCGUACCCCAGACACCCACCACAACACGCCCCUGCGAUGCGACCACCCAAAUCUGUCACAGCUCAACGAUACACUCUGCGCCGAAGUCCUCUACGGUUCCAGAACAGGAACAUCCGCAUCAGUGAUCACCUUGUGUCAAGCACUCGGAUCCCUCAGUUCCGGACAUUUGGAAGCUGUUUGGAGAAACAUGUGCUAUGUCAUAAAAGCGCUAACGGUCCCAAUUCUCGGAAAGUCGUCGGAAUGCAGUAUUGGAGAUACGCAUCUAUUUCCUGUCAGUCCUCGCCGUAAAGCCAGAGAAGCCCCAAACCUUCAAAGACUUGCUUGCGACUACAAUAGCUGGCUAGAAAACCGAACAGUGGACACGGUUCUAGUCUCGUUGUGCGGCGACAACGAACGGGAAGAGUUUGUCCGGCACGUUUGCGCGAAUGCUUCGCUGAUCAGGAAGUUGCUAUCCGACCCGAUGAACGGUUGGUUGUACGGAUUCUGUGGGAAUUCUUCAGAAAACUCCAGCUACCUAGUGAAUCAGUUCUGCAGUUACGGACUUUGGUUGGAUCGACCAACAGUCCCGAUAGACUCGGACUUAUUGGAGUUCUGCAUUACCCGAGACGGUCCCAGACUUACAAAACUCAUCUGCGAACACAUCGGUUUCUUCAUGUUAUUGUUCUCCAACCCUGAGAACGCGAGGUUGAUGCCGAACUGUACAAAUGCACCGCAACCGCUACCGUUCCCUGGUCCGGAUCCGCUAGAGUCUCGAUCUUGUGUCUACUCAGAGUGGCGAGAUGUGGUUCAGAUUCCGAGUCAUAUUUUGACAAAGUGCAUUCGUAACAAUCCGAGAGGUUUCGCCGAGAACGUAUGCGCUAACAGAACCUUUCUCGAAAAACUGCUACUGAAUCAAAACAACGCCUGGGUCGAGGAUCAUUGUAGUACCGUUUUGGCGUUCCCCCCUACUGUGACUCCAAAACCUUUCGGUAUUUCAGACUGGUGCGACUACCAUUCGUGGGAGAAUCGGCAAGUGGACGAUUCGGUGGUGGGACUUUGUUGGCAACAUGAUCAGCUGGCUUUUCAGAAGAACGUCUGCUGCAAGGCGGCUUUGUUUUCUAAGCUCUUACAGAAUCCACAGAACCAAUGGCUGAAAUCCGUAUGCGCCGACAAGGAAAUCCAGGUUCCAACACAGGUGUGCAAGUAUUCCGAGUGGACACGUCCCAUCAUUGUCGAUAUGACCGACUUGGCUCUCUGUGCCGAGAAGGACCCAAUAAACUUCACCGCCAAAGUCUGUUCCAACACGACAGUCCUUCAGAACCUGAUGACUAACCCGGACAACACUUGGUUAAUAAACUACUGUGCAAACCAUUCCAAACUGGGAGUGACUCCCGAUGGGAAUGAUGGCGGAGGAGAGGGGACGGGAUUCGACCCCGCGGAACAGUGCCGGUAUUCCACCUGGAGUAUCGUCCUUCCGGAUGUAGCGCUCUUGACUCUCUGCUGGGAGAAUGAUCAGUCCAACUUUGUCUCGUCGAUCUGCUCGAACCCUGGCCUUCUCUUCCUGUUGGCACUUGAACCCUGGGGCACGUGGGUGGGCACCAUGUGUGCCACCUAUGCCAACUACACCGCCGCUAAGAACCAAACCACCGAGGAGAACUUUUGCUUAGCCAAACACUUGAUGAGCCAAUUCAACUGGACCUGUUCUGUGGACUUCGCCCCCGCCUGCCAACCCGGUGCCAGCCAGGACUUGGUCAUGCACGUGAUGAUGCGCUGCUGGGCGGACGGCCUGAGGUCCAGGGUCGGGAAUCUGGUGACUUCGUCCGUAGCUACGGUGUUGGAACAAGCAGUCAGCACAACUGUUGUAGUAUUGCUCGCAAUUGAGGAGAUCCAGAAUACGUCACUGCAUGUCGCCAGGAACGUACGGACUACUGUGCUGGACUCUGUAGUUCGGUAUCUCAAGAGGGAGACCAACUUUAACAAAAAGAGGAUUUUGCUGCAAUGUUUUGGGACCGUACUAACCAGCUUGAUGCCAACAGCACAGGACGCAAGCGGUGACCAAUUCCUCAUCAUUAAAGAGUACUUCCACAUACCAUCAAACAACCUGAAGUCGGUACUGAGUGCGCUCCACAUCACCACCGUGCGCAUGAUCCUUCAAUACUAUACAAGACACAAGGAUACACUGCAGUUGGCGGAUAAAUACCUGGCAACCUUAACGUCCGUGCUGUUCCAGAACCACCUGGCCAAGGAUGGAGGUCUUUUUUCCGAGAUGGCCCCCCUUUUGGAGGCGGCCAGUCCAGCUGACAUUCAGAGUUUGCCUUCCCUGCAAAGCAACCUUGAUGUGAUGGAAACCAUCAACCGAAACCUGGACCGCCUGUCUCCGGAUCAGCGGCGUGCCUUCGGAUCGUGGUACAGCAAAGCUCUGCCCGCCUCCGACAUCACCGGAGGUCCCGACUCGCUCAUCGGGGACAUUGGAAACGUGAUCACGUACCUGCCCUUCCACAGCUUCCAACACCUCUCACCUGCUCAGCUUUUAGCCGGACUGGAUGUACUCCGUCGAAACAGUUUGAGUUCCUUGAAGCAGGAAUUUGUGGCCCGGAGCAUCACGGUCACCUUCAGGAACUUGACUGCUCAGGACUUCAUCAGGUUGGGCAACCUCUCAUGCCUGGCAGAGCCAAGCGACCUCCUGGCGUACAAAGGCAGCGACGCCUUCGCCGUCAUCUGGGACGUCAUCAUGAACUGCACCCGCGACGGACUAAGCCUGCCCAGUCACCUGACUUCCGGUCUUUUACUGAACAGCACCGAGUUGACCGUCCCGUCCUCGCUGGGUCCAGACAAACUGGCGGCAGUCGCCCAUCUCCUGCCCUCCCUGGGGGCCACGUUCCUGCUGGGACUCACCCCGUCGCAGCUUCUGGGAGCCCUCCCCGCCCUCAGCGCGGUGUCCUUCAGUCCCGUACAGGCUUCCAUCAUUGUUGACAAGUUGUCAUCCAUCAACAUCCUGAGCCCCUUAGGCCGCCUGCAGGAGCUCGGCUCGCUCACCGUGGGAGUGAAGACGGAGACGUUGCUGAUGCUGACGUCUGACAGGCUGCUGGCAUCCCUCCCCGACAUGGCCCAGCACGCCGCCGGCCUCCGGCCACCGCAAGCUAACGCCAUCGCCACCAAACUUUGGGGUUUUCCAGAGGUCGUCUACUGGUUGGAUGACGUGGAACCUCUGCUUUGUUGCACGCCUCUGCUCAGCAUCCUGCCCAGGAUUCAGACGCUGGCGGAUCGCGUCUCCGAUGCAUCCACUAAACCUUGGAACACGCAGCAGGCCAAAGCCAUAUUCAAAGUGGUUCUGGAUCUUAACCCUUACCUGGUACAGGAGGAUUUCCUGAGUCUUGGGAUGCUGGGACUGGGAGUGAGCUGCCAGGUAUUACAGCAGCAUCUCAGGGCCUACACGUCGCCCGAUUCGGUGAGGAGAAUCCUGGCUCUCCUCAGACAGCAACCCAGCCCUCUGCACACCUCGCUGAAAAGGUGUGUGAUCGAGGAACUGUAUCAGUUUGAGUUCUUCUCCGAACUCUUUGAAGACCUCGGAGUCGAGAUUGCGUUGUCCAUGCCGGUGAGCACCAUUAAAAAGUUCCCUUCCGACAUGAUGGACACUUUGCGGCGAAUGAUUGUCCAGGACUCCGCCCCCUUUUUCAUCAUGUCCAGAACCGAACAGGAGCUCCUUGUGGACAAGAUGGUGCAAAGAAUGGGCAUGUACACCGGCGUGUACACGGAGGAGGAGUUUCGUUCGUUGGGAGUCAUGGCUACUUUUGUGUCGGAUGAGAUUCUGAUCCAGCUGGAUCGCACGUUCUUCAGAGACAAUCUGGAUUUCCUCCAGACUCUCUGCUACAGCAACAGCAAGAUGGACAUGGUGGCUCGGAUGCUGCUAGAACUUGCAGUCUUCGGCCCAGCGGUGCAAAACUGGAACCAGACCACACUCAGUCAGGUGGACCGGUUUCUCUUCUUCCUUCCUCAGGACCGAUUGCAGGAGAUUUCUUUGGAAUUGAUGACGGUGGGACGAAUAGAGAAGCUGUUCAUGACGCAGCGUCGGUGGGAACGAGGGCCCGUGGGGCGCCGCUGUUUGGAUGAAAGCCAGAAGAGGCGCUUUGCCGAAAAGCAGCAGUUUGUUCUUCAGUUCUUCCUGGGAUUCCUCAAGAUAAAUCCUCUGUCACCGGCUCCUAUGGUUCCUAACUGUGAGAUCCUGCAUACCACGGCCCCAUCUGCAUGGACCUCCAACAGCCUGACGAGCAUGUCGUCAUCGGCCUUCACCAACUGUCUGGAGCUGAUAGGACUGGACCCGUUCCUGGCGUCGUACCAACGAAGCCAAGUCUUCAACAAAGUCAAACAACUGUACGGGCCAGUGUCGUCCUUCUCCCAGUCCCUCAUCAGUCAGCUGGGCCGACUGGCGCUGGAGAUGCCCCCGGAGGAACUGAGCAGGUUGAGGCUGACUGAAAGGAGGAGCAUCGCCUCCAUGGGCGCCGUCGGAGAAUGGAACACCAGACAGCUGUCUGCGCUGUUUGCGACCAUGUUGAAUUCCACCAAGCUGAAUCCCAGCCAGCUUGACUCCAGCACGCUCGUUGCCGUCGGAUACGCGGUGUGUGGCGCCCGAGCCACAGACAUGAGCUCGUUUAACGCCGUGGAGUUCAGUAAGGCGGUGCUGUGGCUGGGUCAGCUCAGGUUGGCCUGCUCCGAAGAACAACUGGGGGCCCUGGUGGGUCUGCUGACCCACAGUCUUGCGUUUGGACCCAUUAGUUCCUGGGGAAUGGAUGUCUUCAUUGAGAUUGGAGUUCUGGCAGCUGGUCUCCCAGAUAUGGCCAUGUCAGCCUUGGUGAAAGAGCAAAUAGAAGGAAUCUCCCCAUUGGCUAUCUCGCUGAUAACACCUGAGAAGUUUGCUGUGGUGUUCCACCAGAGGCAGAUAAGCAUGUUCUCCUACGAGCAGGCGGCUGCGGUGACAGACGCGCAGCUCUCAGCGCUAUCGGACGUUCAGAGGACGGCGCUGGCUAUGGUGCUGAUGCCCUGGGAAGACAGACAUGUGGACUUUCGAGGGAGGUCACAGGGCCAGGUGGCGUGCUCCAGUUCUUUGUGCCUGAUCCUGGCCUUGCUGAUGGUCCUUGUCCAUCCCGGGUCAUCACCCCGCUAACCCCUGCUGGAUCAGGACGGGCCUCCUCACCCCCUCUAUAAGCAACAAUAUAUCAUAUAUCAUAUCUCCAUUUAACAAGCACUUCUGAGAGGAUAGUUAGUCAUUAUUUAUGUUAUAAUGUACUUUUAUGAUGUUUAUAUUUAUUGUAUGUAUGUAUUGAUUUGGGAGUUGUUCAUACUUGUGCUCACUUCAUGAUUAAAGAGGUAUUCAUAUU